AUGCCUACUCGACCACGUAAUAUUCCUGAUGCGAAACGAAAAGGAUAUGUUGACAAUAUUGAAACUGUGGAAACGAAACUGAAGUUAAUUACUUUAUUUCGCGAAAAUAACAAUUAUAUACCUUUAACCAAAAUACCUUCCUAUUAUUUUACAAGAUUUAAUAGAGCAUUAGGUUAUAUGGGCAAAUUUAUGAAUACAAUUUUAAGCCAACAUGAAACUAUUGAUUGUGGAAUCAUUGUUAGACUUAGUGAACCAUUACAACAAGAAAGGAAUGAUUCUCUUCCAUUUAACAACAGUUUUAAUCAACAAAAUGAAAAUUUUCAAGAAACAGAAAUUGAGGAUAAAGAACACGAGAUAGAUAAGCAAAAAGUAAGAAGAUGGUUAGAAGAAAUACAAACAGAGCGUGGUUUAGUGAAAAAUAUUUAG